AUGGAAGACUUCAACGCAUCGCUAGGUCCGGCAGUGUGUCGGAUCUGCAUGUGCGGUGAAACUUCGAUCCCGUAUCUCGGAAAACAAGCCGGCGAACCGCUCAUUUCUCCCUGUAGAUGCUCCGGAACAAUGGGAUUAUUUCAUCGAAGUUGUCUCGAACACUGGCUCACACUGACGAGAACGACGAGUUGUGAGAUCUGCAAAUUCUCAUUCAAAAUCAAACAGAAAUCCCGCAACUUCAGAGACUACAUUCGCCAGAGAGGAUACAAAAAAGUGCGCACCGAACCAACGAACCGAAACCCAUUCGUCGAUUUCUUGUUCAUACUAUUCAUCACUCCUCUCGCUUGCGUUGCAUUGUAUCUUUGUAUUCGAGGAGCUGCACUCGCUGGACAAAAAUAUCAUUUCGCAUUCGAGAAUCGAGAUAGCGAAAACUCACAGAGUCUGGAUAUUCGGAAUGAGACAUCGAUGGAGUUCGCCUUGUUUGUGUUCGUCGCCGUCGUUCUCUUCUUCGCCUACUUUGCAUUCAUGUUUGUAACGUUGGGAACUCAUUUGAAACAAUACAGAAAAUGGCAAGAGAAAAACAAGAUUACAUUCGUCGUUGAUCAAUUAGACGCAGAACAGUCACUACACUUUAAUCCGCAUUGGACGAAGCAGAAUUAUGGUUUCAAAUCGAGAAUUUCAAGAAUCUGGGCGAAAAUUCGAGGAAAGCCAGCGAGAGUUCUUUAUCCGGAAGUCGCUAGGAAUGAUACUAUUCCCAUCGAACCAAUUGUCGGAAUCUCCCCGGUUCUUGUCGCUCACUUCAACCACACCGCCAUUGACAGCGACAACACUCACAACCAUGAUGCAUCGCGAAACGCCAUUCCUUUUGGAGUGAGAACACCAGAACAAGCACUUCAAAUCGGCUUGUCUUCUACUCCCCAAAUGUACGCCGAGAAGCCGGAGAAAUUGACACUAUCACCGAUAGGACUCGAUGAUUUGUUCGCAGGUUCUGUGUCGCCGCGCCGAAUGACGUCGGUUUCUUCGGCAAGAACCGCUAUGAGCAAAACCCAAUCAGUCUACUCCGUGUGUUCUUCAUUCGGAACUGGUGUGAUGACAUGCUCGACUCCAUUGGUUUCUGGAAGUCUUCGCGGUCUCUCCCCUUCCACGAACUCUGUCUCAACAUUCAAAUCGAACGAUGGCUCUGAUGAAAACGUUUUAUUGGUGGGAAGCCAUGACGAUUCGGAGGAAACUGUCACCGCUGAGCUGUUGGAGUCGUCACCGCAGAAUAUCAGCUCCCAACAAGGACGUUUCCAUGUGGAGAAACUCGACACUCCACCCUAUUGA